AUGGCAUUCGCCUUUGUGCAUGUCUUUGCGCUCGCCGCCGCUGGGCACUCGCUCUGGCGGCCACCCGCCGCGGCGGUGGCGAGCCUGGUGCCGCGCCACUCGCCGGCCGUGGCGGCUGCGCCGAGGCCGUCCCGGGACUCGUCGCGCAAGGCCAAGGCGCUCGGGACCAAGGGCGUGGCGCCCUCGGUCGAGAAGCAGAAGCACCUCCUCUUUGACCGCGUCGAGCUGACGGUGCGCGGCGGCGACGGCGGCGACGGCGUCGUCGUGCCUCCGAGCGGCAGGCACGCCGCUCGGCUCUCCUCGGGGCUCGAGUCGGACCUGGAGCUGCCGCCGGGCGGCGACGGAGGUGACGUGGUCUUGUACGCGCGCCCGAAGCUGACCGGCGAGCGCGGCCGCGACUCGCCCGGCCCGCUCACCGCGCGCGAGGUUGCGCAGCGGGCGGUGCGCGACUCUGGCGACGGCAGCGCCGCCGGCGUGCAGCGGCAGCAGCUGCACGGCGCCGCGCUGCGCGUCGGGGUCCCUCCCGGCACCUUUGUGCGGACGGGCGGCGGGCGCGUGCUCGGCGACCUCGAGGAGGAGGAGGGUGGGCUGCAUCACAGAAGCGCAUGGCAGGAGGAGGAGGAGGAGGAGAUCGACCUCGUGCGUGGAAAGGCGGCGCCGCCCCCGACCAAGCUGCUGCUGCUGCUGCGCACCGUCGCCGACGUCGGCUUUGUCGGCUUCCCCAACGCGGGCAAGUCGACCCUCCUCAACGCGCUCACGCGCGCGCGCGCCACCAUCAACUCGUACCCCUUCACGACGCUGAUGCCAAACCUCGGCGCCAUGGUGCCGAGCGGCGGCGAGGGCGGGGGCGGCGGGGGCGGCGGCGCGCUCCUCGCCGACCUCCCUGGCCUGGUCGAGGGCGCCCACGCAGGCCGCGGGCUCGGCCGCCAGUUCCUGCAGCAGCUGCGCCGAGUGAAGGUCGUCCUGUUUGUCCUCGACACGACCUGCGCCGAGGUCGACGUCGGCGAGCAGUACGCCGUCCUGCGGCGAGAGCUGCAGCUCUACAACCCGGACUACCUCGCACGGCCGCACCUCGUCGCGCUCAACAAGCUCGACACCCUCCUGCAGGCCGAGGGCCCCGCCGCUCUCGCGCCGGAGACCCGCCGCCUGACGGCGCUCCUCGCGGCGGCGGCGCGCGCCUCAGCAGCGCCGGGCGACGGGCCGCCCACGUCCCCGUUUGCGGUGCUGCCCAUCUCGGGCAUGAAGGGCAAGGGUUUGCGUGCGCUGCAGGAGGCGAUCGCCGCGGCGCUAGCAGAUCACGACGCAGGCGCAGAGGGCGAGAGUGACCCGCCGCACCCGCAGUAGUUUCGACU